GUUAAUGCAGUGGCUCUCCCAGAAUCUAUUGAUCCAGAAGAUGUUUCUGUUACUGUUAAAGCAUUCAUGGCUGCUGACUUACCAAUCGAAUUGAUAGAAUUACUAGAAAAGCUUAUUUUAGAUAAUACUGCCUUCAGUGAUAAUCGAACUCUUCAAAAUCUUUUAAUUCUUACAGCUAUUAAAGCCGAUAAAUCCAAAGUGAUGGAUUACAUAAAUAAACUUAGUAAUUUUGAUGCUCCAGAUGUUGCUGAAAUUGCUGUUAAAAAUGGACUUUAUGAAGAAGCUUUUACAAUAUAUAAAAAACAUGAUGAAAAUACUAGUGCAAUUAAUGUAUUGAUAGAACAUAUUGGUAGCAUUGACCGAGCAUCGGAAUUUGCAGAAAGUUGUAAUAAUUCAGAAGUUUGGAGUCGUUUGGCUAAGGCACAAAUUGAAGGUUUAAGAAUUAAGGAUUCAAUUGAUUCAUAUAUUCGUGCUGAUGAUCCAAGUAACUUUAACGAA